AUGGGUAGAGGUCCAAAGAAGCACCAGAAGCGUCUGUCAGCACCAUCACACUGGUUGCUUGACAAGCUCUCCGGUGCUUAUGCCCCAAAGCCUUCUCCUGGUCCUCACAAACAGCGAGACUGUCUUCCACUCAUUGUCUUCCUCCGAAACCGACUGAAGUAUGCCCUCAACGGCCGAGAAGUCACGCAGAUUGUCAUGCAGAGACUCAUCAAGGUCGAUGGAAAAGUGCGAACUGAUUCGAACUACCCAGCCGGCUACAUGGAUGUGAUCUCGAUUGACAAGACUGGCGAGAACUUCAGACUCAUCUACGAUACCAAGGGCCGAUUCGCUGUUCACAGAGUUGAGUCAGCUGAAGCCGAGUACAAGUUGGGCAAGGUCAAGAGAGUGCAGCUUGGACGAGGUGGAAUCCCAUUCUUGGUCACGCAUGAUGCACGCACAAUCCGAUACCCAGACCCAGCUAUCAAGGUCAACGAUACAGUCAAGAUUGAUCUUGCAACUGGAAAGAUCACUGAUUUCAUCCGAUUCGAUACCGGUGUGAUCGCCAUGGUCACUGGUGGUCGUAACAUGGGUCGAGUUGGUGUCAUCACACACAGAGAGAGACACGAUGGUGGUUUCAAUAUUGUUCACAUCAAGGACGCCAUCGACAACUCCUUCGCUACUCGAGAAAGCAACGUCUUCAUCAUCGGUAGGGAGAAGCCAUGGGUCAGUCUGCCUAAAGGCAAGGGUGUCAAGUUGUCCAUUGCCGAGGAGCGUGACCGAAGACGAGCCAUGCAAGCUGCUGGUCAGGCAUAG